AUGGCCCAGCUUCUGCACACUCCACUUCUCCUGCUGGCUGCCCUGGCCCUGGUCCUGGCCCAGGUAGUGAACUCCCAGAGAAACUUCAAAGUGGGUGCCCCAGGGGAUGCAGGUGUCAAUGACAAGGAUGUGCAGGAUGCACUAAAGUUUGCCCUCAGAGAGUACAAUAAGGCCAGCAACGAUGAGAACUACAGCCGCGUACUACGGGUGACGGGUGCCCAGAGGCAGGUUGUGGCCGGAGUGAACUAUUUCCUGAAUGUGGAGAUUGGCCGAACCAAAUGCACCAAGUCUGAGCCCAACUUGGAGAGCUGUCCCUUUUAUGAGCAGCCAGACUUGCUGAGGACAAAGCUCUGCUCCUUCCAAAUAUACACUGUCCCCUGGCUGAGCAAGAAUUCCCUGGUGAAGUCCCACUGCCACGAUGCAUAG